CGUUUCAUGAGCACCGUGCUGCAGGAACGGUGUCUGUCGAAGGCAGAGCAGUGACAACGUUGUGCGUCCCGUGAUCAGUGCGUAUCUUCACCGUCGCAAUGGCAGACGCUUUGGGUAAAGUCCCCGACGCUGAAAUCGAUCCAGAGGGGACAUUUAAGUAUAUUUUAGUGAGGAUAAAAGUAAAAGAUGGAACUGAACACAAAGAUAUAGUGAGAGGCACAAAAAGUGCUGGGCAGUAUCACAGUAAGUUUGCCUUGUCUCUUUCGUGGCUGUUGUCAGACAGCAUUGCUUUGAGGUGCCCGUUGCCCACGUACACCAAUCCUGCUGUCAUUAGCGACAAUGUGCAGUUGUAGACCUAUGUACUACAUUUAUACCAGUGGCUAAAUGUAGCCGAAGUUAUAAAUUGUUACAAUGAUAUCUAACGGCAUUUGCUAGUAAACCGAGGGCACGCAGCUCAAUAACAUGUGCAUUUGCAUGUGCCAUUGCGCUAUAUAGGCUACUGCCCGCAACUGCAGGCAACCAAAUACAGAAUGUUGGAGCAUUGUCAACAUGCAUAUGACUAAAGAUAGCCACAUAAGAGCUGAUUAUCACAGAUACAAACAGGGCCGGCCCUAGCCUUUUGGGGGCCCUAAGCGAGAUUUGGACCCCAAAAAAUGUGUUUCUUUCAAAAACAAGGACAUUUCUAAGUGACCCCAAACUUUCUGGUCGGGCCCCAUAACACCUGGGGGUCCCUAAAUGACCACUGAUGCCCAGGGCCGGCCCUGGAUACAAACAUUGAUGGGGCCCUAGGCCUGCAUGAGUUGACUAAUUGUGCAAAAUGUCACUCUUGGUUGCAACUGUAACAUUGUAUACCUUGGCCUUCAUCCAUCACAUUCCCUCCCUUUCAGAUUUAAUGUUUAUCACUUUGACUGAUUUUCAGAUCAUAUAUUUGAGAAGGUCACACCGGCUAUAACGGCCCUGGGACUGGAGUGCAACUGUCUUGGAGGAGGGAAGAUUGAGCACAACAGCAAAGACAAAAAACUGCGUGUGUUCGGGGAAUCAACUGUAAGUGCAUUUCAGUUCAAUAUGCCAAUAAGGGCCUACUCCCCAGAGGGAAAGGCCCACCAACCGAGGAGAGGAAAACAUUUUUUUCGAAACCUCUUGAAAAUAACAUGUGCUGUGUCCCCCCCCCCCCCCAUUUAUUUCAGGGCUAUGGCAAAGCAGAUCAUUCAGUGUCUGUUGAGAAGCUGAAGAGUGUCUUCAAAGACUACGAGAUCACCUGGUCCGAUAAUAAAGAAUAGAUCACCUGGUCCUGGUAAAGAAUAUAUCACCUGGUCCUGGUAAAGAAUU